CCUCCACUCAUACAUCCUGCACAGACGGUGAAAAUUUGGAAUACCCUAUACUAUAACUACAUACACCCAGCACAACUCACCUGAUUUAGGUAUAAUUUCUACAUCUGCAAUGGCAAAGAAAGACAAAAAGGGCGGAAAGGAUGCCAAAAAAGCGCGUACCGCAGAAAAGAAUGCCAAGGCACAAGCCAAAUCGGAGGUGAAGAACAAGAAGCUCGGCAAGAAGCAUGGGUUGGAGGAGGAGGAGGACGUGGACAUUGACGAGCUUUUGAAGCAGUACGCAGACCAACAGGAGUCAUUUGAAGCGAUCCAGAUCACUACAUGCAAGCCGCCGUCGAAGCGUCUCAACGCGGCCAUGGCCGCCUCGCCAACACACGGAAAGAGGGAGUUGUUUCUCUUCGGCGGUGAGUCCACCAAUGGGUCCAUGGCGGUGUUCUACAACGACUUAUUCCAGUACUCGGUGGAUUCCGAUACCUGGCGAAAGAUCGUUUCCAAGAAUUCGCCGUUGCCGCGGUCUGGACACGCGAUGGGCGUGCACCCCUCCGGUGUGAUUGUGAUGUUUGGUGGGGAAUUCAGUUCGCCAAAGCAGUCCACCUUCUAUCACUACGGUGACACAUGGAUCUUGGACGCAGCUUCCAAGCAAUGGACGAAGAUAGAGAUCAAGAAGGGUCCGAGCGCGAGAUCCGGGCACCGUAUGGUGGCCUGGAAGAAUUAUAUCAUUCUCCAUGGUGGGUUCCGAGACUUGGCGGCGUCCACCACGUACUUGGACGACUUCUGGGUGUUUGAUAUCACCACCUACAAGUGGCAGCAGGUGGAGUUUCCGCCGAACCACCCAAUUCCCGAUGCCAGAUCCGGACACUCCUUUAUUCCGUGCGCGGAUGGUGGUGUGCUUUGGGGUGGCUACUGCAAAGUCAAGGCCGGGAAGGGUUUGCAGAAGGGGAAGGUGUUGACCGACUGCUGGUUGUUGAAGAUGAAGGCAGACACCAAGCAGAUCCGCUGGGAGAGAAGAAAGAAGCAGGGGUUUCAGCCGUCGCCGCGUGUGGGGUGCUCCAUGGUGCCGCACAAGGGGCGUGGGGUGAUGUUCGGUGGGGUGUACGAUUUUGAAGAAACCGAAGAAUCCUUAGCGUCCGAGUUUUAUAACACGUUGCUCACAUACCAGACAGAGACGAACAGAUGGUACUCGCUCACAUUGAGACCGCAGCGCAAGAAGCAGAAGGCGGCGGUCAAGGAGAAGUCGCGUGAUGAAGACUUGGAGGACUUGUUGAACUCUAUUUUGUCCAAGGCCAGUUUGAAUGAUGAUGAUGACGACGACGAUGAGGUUGACGCUGAGAUUGCUGCCCAGUUGGCCAAGGCGGAGGAGAGCGAGGACGAGGCCCCAGACAAGAAGGAGUACCCGAUGGAUGGCAGACUCCCGCACCCACGUUUCAACGCCACCACGUGUGUCGUAGACGACACGUUGUACAUCUUUGGCGGUGUCUGGGAAUGCGGUGACCAGGAGUUCAACAUCGACUCGAUGUAUGCGAUUGAUUUGGGCAAGUUGGACGGUGUCAAGGUAUUCUGGGAGGACUUGUCCGAGGUAGAGAACGCAGUUGAGGGGUCAGAUGAGGAUGAGGAUGAUGACAGCGACGACGACAGCGAUGACGAGGAGCCAGAAAGUCAGUUGUUGGUCGCCGAAGAGGAGGAAGAAGAAGAGCCAGAGGAUGAAACGGAGCCUGAGAUUCCCGAUAUCAGACCAUGGUUGCCGCAUCCAAAGGCGUUCGAGUCCUUGCGUGGCUUCUACGUGCGUACCGGGGCCAACUUUUUGGAGUGGGCCAUCUUCUCUAACAGGGAAGCUAGAGGCAAGCACUUGAAGAAGGCCGCCUUUGACAUGUGUGAAGGUCGUUAUUGGGAGAGAAGAGAGCAGGUGCGUAUCACUGAGGACGAAUUGGAGGAGUUGGGUGGUGUUGGUGAGAUUGUCGAGAAGGACCCGGCCAAGGCGGGAUCUAAGAGGAGGUAAACAAUGUGAUUAAUAGAUUUGAUAUUCAGGACAAGAUGGCUGGCGGU